AUGCAGAACCUAAAGCUAGAGAGGGAAACAAUAAAAGGAUCCCUGAAAAAAGUUUUUAAAGAAAUUGAAGAGGUGAAUCCCAGUGACGAGAAGACAAUACAAAGACUCCUGCAACAAGUUGAUGAUAAAGCAGAGCGAGUAUUUCUUCUAGAUAACAGCAUAAAAGACAUUCUAUUCGCAGAAGAAACCAGCACGGAAGAAAUUAGCAAGAAAUUAAAUGAUGAAGAAAACUUUCGUGACGAGGUAGGAAAAUUUAGAAUAGAAUGUGAAUAUUUGAUUAAAAAUUUAAAAACUUUGAAAGAUCAAGAAAAUAAAGGUACAAAAAAUGAAAAACCUGUCAAAAAUUUACAUCUGCCAAAACUUGAAAUAAAGAAAUAUGAUGGAAAUGUCAAAAAUUGGAUAAAUUUUUGGGGCCAGUUUAGAAAAAUCGAUGAAGACGCAGACCUUCCAAACGAAGACAAGUUCCAAUACCUGAUCCAAUCAACAGAAGAUGGCACGCCAGCCAGAAGCCUUGUCGAAAGCUUCCCACCUUCCGCUGAAAAUUAUAAAAUAGCCAUUGACCAACUGAAAAAUAGAUUCGCAAGGGACGAAAUUUUAAUUGAGGUAUACGUUAGGGAGUUAUUAAAUUUAAUUCUAAAUCAACAAACCUCAAAGGAGGACCCAUGUAUGGCUUUAUCUACUUUGUAUGAUAGGUUGGAGACUCAGCUUAGGGCUUUGGGAACACUAGGUGUUACUAGCGACAAGUAUGCAGCGAUGCUUUUGCCACUUGUUGAAUCCGCGCUACCUUAUGAGUUGCUUAAAAUUUGGGAAAGAAAUAGGGCUUCUAAUAAUUUAAAAUUUAAUAAUGAGUUGCAGGGUCUACUAGAGUUCCUGAAAACAGAAGUGGAGGCCGAAGAGCGUGUAAAACUUGCUCAGUCUAGUUUCACAGUUCCAAAAAGUAUUGACGAUAAGUAUACUGUAGAAACCUUACAUACAGAGAGUUUAAAAACCAAGGGUAAGCAAAAGUUUUCUUGUAUUUUUUACGAAAGCAAUACACAUGCCAGUCAGGACUGCAUUAAAGCUCAGAAAAUGACUUUAGAGCAGAAAAAAUCCAUUAUAAGUAAAAAACGGAGUUGUUUUUCAUGUUUAAAGCAGUUUCACAAUUUUCGGACAUGCAAAACAACUGUCAAAUGUAUAAAAUGCGCUCGCAAGCAUUUUACAUUAAUGUGUCCUGAUUUGCAUGAAAAAGAAAACAAAAAUAGAGAUUUGCAAAAAUCAGAAUCUUUAGAAAAUACAUUAACAACUGUCGCUUCUGAAACUUUACUGCAAACGAUCAAUGUUAGGGUUAUUUCUGAUAAUAAAAGGUCAAUGACAGUAAGGGCACUGCUAGAUUCGGGUUCGCAACGUUCCUAUAUAACUACAAAAUGCGCGGAAGAUUUAGGGUUAACUAAAAUUGGACAAGAAAAUAUAGUUCAAGGUGUUUUUGGUGGGUUGCAGGGAACUCCAAAGAUUCAUCGUUUGUUUAAGGCAGGUAUAGAAAAUUUAGAAAAUUCAUUCAGCAUCGGGUUAUCUUUACUGGAACAAUCUAAAAUUUGCAAUUACGUUCCAAAACUAAUUGACCAAAAGGUCCUAGAUUUAUUAAAAGAUAAAAAUAUUUAUAUAAAUGAUUCUGCUUCUAAAGAAUUAGAGGUUAAUUUAUUAAUAGGGGCAGACAUGUUUGGUCACAUCAUAACGGGAAACUUGGUAAACAUAAAUGAUUCUUUAGUAGCUUUGGAAACCAAGUUUGGUUGGACCGUUAUGGGGACACAAAAAAGUAAUAAUAAAAUAAACACGUUUGUUUCAACUUAUUUUACUGACUCAUUGAGUACUUUAUGGAGUUUAGAUGUUCUGGGUAUAAAAGAUCCAGCAGAGACGAAAUGUCGAGAAGAGUUAGACAUUCGCACUUUAGAAAAAUUUAAAGAAAGCACUGUGGUAAAUAGUGAAAAUAGAUAUGAAGUUUGUUUACCAUGGGCAGAAGGUUAUCCGGCUAUAACCUCUAAUUUUAAUUUAGCUGAAAAGCGACUUUUUUCUACCACAAAACGGUUACUUUCUCUGAACAAGCUUACAGAGUAUGACAAUAUAUUCCAAGAUUGGGAAAAUACAGGAAUCAUUGAAGAAGUAGAAGAAGAGCCGUUGGAAAAGAAUACGCACUACUUGGCACAUCACGCAGUUGUCAAAGAGUCCAGUUUAACUACGAAGAUCCGACCAGUGUUUGAUGCGUCAGCUAAGGAUGGUAACGGUUACAUAAAAUUGGGGGUAACGUCAGACAUAGCGAAGGCAUUUUUGCAGAUAAGCAUUUCAGAGAAAGAUAGGGAUUUUUUACGAUUUUUGUGGUGGAAAAACUAUGAAAAAAGAGAAAUAAAAAUAUUUAGACAUUGUAGAGUAGUUUUUGGGCUAAAACCAAGUCCGUUUCUUUUAGCAGCAACAGUUAAUUUGCAUUUAGAAAAGGAAAAAACAUACACAGAAACAGCUAAUCAAUUUCUUAACGCAUUUUGCGUAGACAAUUGUGUUUCUAGCGUUAGGAAUGAAACAGAACUUAAAAAAUUUAUUGAUGAGUCAACAGAAAUUCUAAAGAAUGCAAAAUUUGAUAUUAGAGGGUGGACUUUUAAUGAAAAUAACGAUACGUAUGUUUCUAGCGUCAAUGAAAAAUUAGAAAAUAAGGUUAUCUCUAUUUUGGGUAUACAGUGGAAUUACCAAACUGACACUUUAGCGUGUGAUAUAAAAAAUUUAGACAGUGUUGACGAGAUUCCUAGAACAAAAAGAGGCAUUUUAUCUGCAACGCAGAGAGUUUUCGAUCCUAUUGGUUUCACUGCUCCAUUUACGUUAAUACCGAAAAUCUUAUUGCAAGAGACUUGGAGCUUGAAAUUGACGUGGGAUCAAAAAUUACCUGACGAUAUCAAAAAACGUUUCGAAAUUUGGUUAAAAAGUGUUAAGUGUCUCAAUUUUUGUAACAUACAUAGAUAUUUAGCAUAUCCAGAAGAAGAGAACCUAAUAAUAAAUAAAACUCUUCACGUUUUCGUUGACGCUAGUAAAUACUCUUAUGCCGCUUGCGUUUUUAUUAGGCUAGAAUUUCAAAAUUCUAUUUCAAUUAAACUUUUGUUAGCAAAAUCACGUUUAAGUCCAGUUAAAACGAUUACUCUCCCUAGGUUAGAAUUAAUGGCUGCUGUGAUAGGUGUUAGGUUAUUAGAAACUGUUAAAGAAGUAACAGACUUUACAGAGCUUAAAACGUACUACUGGAGUGAUUCGAUGGUUGUCUUAACCUGGAUUAAAACAAAGGGUCUUUGGAAUACUUUUGUAGGAAACCGGGUAAAAGAGAUUAAAAAAUAUUCUGCAGUAGAUCAGUGGCGCCACGUGCCAGGUGAUAUGAAUAUUGCAGACGUUUUAUCACGAGGAUGUAGCGGGAAACAACUUUUGGAAAAACAAUGGUGGAAGGGCCCUCAACGGCUCAAAGAACCAGAAAAUAUGUGGCCAAAAGGAGAAUCUAAAACAGACUUUAGUAAAUGGAAAUUCGUAGGAAAGCAACUUUGA